UUUAUUUAUAAGAAUAUGAAGUUGGCAAUAGCAUUACUUUCAAUCUUCCUCCUCAACAGUAUAGCAUUCAACACAUCCCCAGACACCAAAUAUGACUGGGAGGACCAUACUGAUGGAGAAGACCUCUCAGUCAGUCUUUCAAACGAACCAGCCAUUAUUUUUGUAGUUUUCUUCAGUAAAAAGGUAGAAGGAGAUGAUGAACUCAGUAAAGCUAAUGACUCCCUUAGAAACAUGCUAACUAAUGAUUUGAAGGACCAUAAUGAGAUUAUUUACACAGAAGUCGAUCUCUCUGAUGACGCAGAGCAACUGGAAUCAUAUCAGAAAUUAGCCAAAGACGAUAUGGGCAUUGACCUUACUUUGCUUGAUAAAGGUCCAAUAGUAGCAGUUAUGAAUAGAGGUGAUGGUUCCUGGAUCCACGGCCAAGGCAAAGUCGUCGCUGAUGAUCCAGCAUGGGGACCUGGCAGAGACAGUUUCGAAGAAGUCCUAGACUCAGUCGAGACUUUCAUCGAUGAAGCCAGAGACAGAAAGCAAGGAGGUACCGGUAUUGUCAAAGACAGCAGAUACGCUAGAAGGCAAGGAGAAAUCUCCCUCGGAAACUAAUCAGCUUUUAUAUAACCCCUUGCUUGAACUCUUU